GCAACACCUCCGGACCUAUAGUUACUACGACCUAUAUAUAUUUAUAGAUAUAAUUCCGAGGUUUCACUCCCAGCUUACUACAUACACCGAUACACGUAGCGAUAAGGAUAAGACCGCGCGCGAGGAAUAUUAAUUCAGCGUGCAGUUGCAUUUCGAGCGAGAGCAGCCAUGGGAAGAAAUAACGUGGCUUCAUGGAAUCUCAGUUUCUUGUUUUUGGGGCUCUUUAGCUACGUACUGGUCGAAGCUAGCAGAGAAGGGAGGUUCACGAGCAGUGAGAGAUAUGGUUUGGGCAAUGGGGUACGGAGUAGGUUUAAUGAAGAGGCAGGCCAUCUAGGAAUUACAGCUGGUGGUUACGACGGAGGAUACGGCGGUGGGAGCGGCUAUGGUAAUGGUGGUGGUGGUGGUAAUGGGUCGGGCAUUGGUGGUAGUGGCGGAGGGGUUGGUAAGGGAGGGGGCUCGGGUGAUGGCAGCGGUGCUGGCCAAGGUGGAGGGUAUGGUUCAGGUGGUGGUAAUGGUGGCAAUGGUGGCAAUGGUGGUGGUUUUGGUAGUGGAUGGGGUAAUGGUGGGUCUGGUUCGGGAGGGGGAGGAGGUGGUGGAUUUGGGUUUGGGUAUGGGGGCGGUAAUGGUGGCGGAGGUAAAUAUGGCUCAGGCUAUGGUGGGGGAUCCUACAAUCCUCCUGGAACAAACUAGAUGAAUUUUCUGAUUUAAAAUGGAUGAUAAGGAUGACUUUUCUCUAGGAUAUAAAGGCCCAAACAAUGUUUCAAUUCUCUUUGGGUUUUAAUUAGCUUGCCGUUCAAGUAUAAAGCUUUAGCUAUAUUAUGUAAUAAAUCAAGUAACUGUCUCUUAUUAAUUUGCUAAUGCCAGCUGCCUUCAUCAUUAUCAAUUGCAAA